AUGUCUCAUUCACCAUCAUCGUCAUCUGUGGAGAGCUUGAGCAGUUUGCUUGAGGCCUCUCUUGUGGGUCAACCGUUGGGGAGCAUGAUCCUAUUAUGGAUGUCCACUGCUUGCGUGCUUGCUUUAUCACUCACAUACAUCUACUUGUACUACCACACCCUAGGACCGAGACCACAACGGGGAUCGAUCGAGAAUGCGCAGGAUGCUGAGGUUGAAGAGAUUCAGCCUAAUGUGGAGAACACUACGACGGUACCGGCUGGAGGCGCGGCACCGAUAGAUCAGGAUGACGGGAAGCACUCGUCUGCUAGGAAGGGGCGAGGGGACAGGGGUUGCCUCGCUGAUAGAGCAUCACAGUGCUUUGAGCAACUAAAAAAUUCGACCACUCCCGAGGAGGAGAUCAAUUCUUUGAAUAAAAUUAAAGAUCUUUUUGCGGAGAUCGAGCGAGGCAAUGCCCCGCGGGCUAGGGUGGUCUCGGCCGAAACCAUUAUCUGCAGUCAGCUGGUGCAAAGUGAUUUCCUAUCGAUUCUGAAUCGAGCAAAGUCGAAUGAAGAGUCUCCGGAAGGGUCAAUACCACCGGAGCUCCGUGAACUAUCAACUUGGCUCAUCGAGAAGACAGUGCCGAUCAUAUGGUCGACCUAA